UGUUCCUGCUGGCCCCGCAGGUGUCCUGCUAUCUCGGCUGGGUGGUGGAGAGAGGAGAGGCGUGUGCGCCGGCCCUUCUGUUCUGGGGCGAGUCUCCUAAAGAUCCCUGCUCCCUCCUGGCACACAUUCUGAGUGAAUCAGUGUUUUCUAACGGUGACCACAGACCACGUAAAAUCAUCUUGUGUCCCACCGGCACGGUGACUGUCACACCUGAGCGCACACCGAAAUUACCUGGAGUCGUUAAAACACGGACGGCUGACACACUCAGAAGAGACCUAUGGUAUAUGACCAAACCCCAACGAGUAAUUGCCUCUGGCUGAUUGACGUCAGUUAAUGACCGGACUUUGUACCCAAAAGGGAGUUAAAACUGAAGACGGCUGGAGGGCAGUCAUUUCCUCCUUGGAUUGCCCGGCAAGAACAUCUAAAAUGAAAGCCUUGCUUCGUCUCGUUCUUCUCAUCCUCCUUUUUGAAGCCUUAGCCAUUGGGCAAGACAGUGUUUCUUCAAGUACCUCUCUCGCAAAUAACACAAAUACUGAGGUCACAACAAUUGCCAUGACAACCCCACCGACUUCUUCUGUGACAUCUGUUCCUAUAUCAAACACAACUCUUUCAAGUAACCCUCUCACAAAUAACGCAACUACUGAGACCACAAAAGAUACCACAGCAACUCCACCUACUUCCUCCCCAACCUCUGUUUCUAUAUCGAGUGCAGUUAUAGCCACCCUUGUCCCAUCUACAACAAGUGAAUCAAGCACAGAUACAGACACAACUGCACUUACCUCUGGCUCCGUGUCUUCUGGGAGUAAUGAGUCAACCACAGCAGUUACUUCGCCAACAACUGGAUCAUCCCGCAUCACAGUCCCACAAAGUAAUUCCUCAGAGACUGUGCCUUCAGUGACUUCUGGCAGUGUCACUUCGCCUAAGAUCAGCACCCCAAGCCCUGCUCCCCCAGGUUCCAGCAGUCCUUGCCAAGGAGCUCCCUGUGAAGGUGGUUCUUCAUGUGUUAGCCUGAAUAAUACCUAUUUUUGCCUGUGUUCAUUAGGAUAUUACUAUAACUCUUCCACAUGCGAAAAAGGAAAGCUAUUCCCUGGAAAAAUUACAGUAAAAGUAUCAGAAACGUCUGGCUUGGAAGAUGAAAAUUCUAUGGCUUAUCAAGAAUUAUACCUUAAAAUUACCGAUUUUUUUAAGAGUGCAUUUCACAAUGCUGAUUAUGGACAGACUGUAAUUAAUGAAGUGAGCACUUCUCCUUCAGCAAGAUCGGAAACACGUGCUAAUGACAAGCCUGUCACUGUAGGAGUCGUAAACAUUUUCACACAAACUACCAAAGAAACUGAGAAGACCGUGUUUGAAUCCAUUCAGAAAGCAAUUAAAAGCCACAACAACGAGUUUACAGAAUAUGUUAAUCAAAACCUGUGUGAUUUUUAUGGUUGUGAAAAGGAAAAUGAGCAAGACAACUGUGACAGUGGUUUGCUGUGUAAAUGCAAGCCGGGGAUGGAAAGACCCUACUCCCAGAUCCCUGCGUGUGUUGCCUCUGCUCCAAAGUGUCCUGAUGCCUGCGAUGCAGACCAUCAUAAGCAAUGCUUGGUGAACAAGAACGGUGUGAACACUGAAUGCGUGUGCCUCUCAGGCUACCAGAAAGAUGAUCAAGGGAACUGUCAAGUGUGUGCCUUUGGCUACAGUGGAAUCAACUGUGAAGACCAAUUUCAGCUGAUCCUCACUAUUGUGGGCACCAUCGCGGGCGUCCUCAUUCUCAGCCUGGUGAUCGCACUGAUCUUCUCAGUGAGAUCAAAGAACAGCCACAAGAAUAUUGAAGAACAGAACCUGAUUGAGAACGACUUUCAAAAUCUGAGACUGAGGCAGACUACAGGCUUCAGCAAUCUAGGAGCAGAUGGGAGCAUCUUCCCUAAAAUCAGGACAAACGUCUCGGGUCAGCUACACAAUCCCUAUGCAAACCAGAGAAGUAUGCCCCGCCCCGACUACUAGAAUGGCAAAAACUGGGGACCGUCCAUGGCCCUCAACCCAACGUACGAGUCUUUACUUUGAGUGUCUUAAAGACUAAUGGACAAGUGAGCGCCCAUGAAGAUCUGGCCUUUGGUGUUUCUCUGACACCCAGCACCUAGCCUCUCUCAGUGGAAGUUGUGACUAUUCGCAGUGAAUGCGGCUGGUUUGCUAAGUACUAUGAAAUUAAAUGCACAUAGAUGCGAUUUGCACUUGUAAGGCAGUUGAUUUUGUCCAGUCAGUACAACGGUUAGGUUUUUUGGUUUUUUUUUUUUUUUUUUUUUGUCUUUCCUGACAACAAUAACCAUUUCCAACCUAGAGGAAAGCUCCUCAGGAUUGUUUGCUCCUGGGAGAAUGUUACUUUGAGUUGAGAGCCUACAGAUAAGUGACCUAAUUCUGAGAGACUCUUACACAUCAGCUAUGGGGACGGUGGGGGGGGGGGGGAGGGGAGAGAAGAAAUACCAUCUACCAUCUUUCAAGUUUCUCGGGUUUAUUCUCUCACAAGUUAAAAUAGGAUGCUACUUCUAGCCCCCAAAUCCAAGGAUUUUAUCACCUUUGACCUAACAGGAGCUUGUGACCUGGCCUCACACCAAGAAGACAGAAGAAAAGACCUGUCUCAGCUUUUUGCAGGAGAAGUGACUGGGAAUCCAGGAUCUUUUUGAUGUUAAUUAGAAGGUACAGACUAGAAAUAUCCACCAUGGAGUACCUUCGAAAGUUUUUGAAAUGCCGGCAGCGGGUAGAGGCAGGGAGAAAGAGAAAUGUAACCAAGAGUGGAGGGGACGGAGGCACAGGAGGCUGGGCCCGGAGGAGGAGUAUGAAGGCAGGCACGACGGCCACCUUCGUCCUCAGAUCCCCUCCUCAAUGAGCGACCAGACAUUUCCUCCCCCUCACGUCCUGCCCCGACUCAGAGCCUAAGUACAAGUGUGGAGACGAAACCCCAGGAGCAAGAGCGGGAAGUCACUUCAAAACUGCAGAUAUUCUGUUUGGCUGCUGGGGAAAGAGAGAGCUUGCGACCCGACGCAGGUGUCCAGCCUUGUAAUGCAGAGUCCAAAGGUGCUUCGUGGCGUCCUCGGCCUUCCCUGGGGACAGGCUUAGCAGUAGCCACCAGCCCACAUAGAGCCAUGCCCAGCACAGGCUUUCUUUACUGUUAAUAGUGUCCUUGUUUAUGUCUGAUAUCUGGUCCCCUUGCAAGUUAUUUUUAUUUGUUGUUAUUAUUAUUUGUUCUUGACUAUUAACUGUAAAAGUAAUUAAUAAAGUGUCUUUGGUA